UUACAGCAAGAGUUUUGUUGUGUAGAUGAGCUUGGCCUCAGACUGAAUCGGGGCAUGAAAUAUGAUAUUAUUUAAACGUUUGUGUUUGGGCCAAAAUUGGACGUCUAAACGGAAGCCGUUCAAAGGAAAUGGUGAGACGAGAGGCGAGUGAACGCUGAGAGAGGCUGCAGUACACGCGUCGCACAUCAUCAGUUGGUUUUAGGUGUAGCUGUUGCUGCUGCCUGCUGCCGACGUCGUCAUGGCGACCAGCGCGGUGCCCAGCGACAACCUCCCCACGUACAAGCUGGUGGUAGUGGGUGAUGGGGGCGUCGGCAAGAGCGCACUCACCAUCCAGUUCUUCCAGAAGAUCUUCGUGCCCGACUACGAUCCCACCAUCGAGGACUCCUACCUGAAGCACACAGAGAUCGAUGGCCAGUGGGCCAUCUUAGAUGUCUUGGACACGGCUGGACAGGAGGAGUUCAGUGCAAUGCGGGAGCAGUACAUGCGGACAGGCGACGGCUUCCUCAUCGUCUUCUCCGUCACAGACAAGGCCAGCUUUGAGCAUGUGGACCGUUUCCACCAGCUCAUCCUCAGGGUCAAAGACAGGGAGUCCUUUCCAAUGGUCCUGGUAGCCAACAAAGUGGACCUGGUGCACCUACGCAAAAUCUCCUCAGAGCAGGGUCGGGAGAUGGCCACGAAACACUGCAUAACCUACAUUGAAACAAGUGCCAAGGACCCUCCCAUGAAUGUGGACAAAGCCUUUCACGAACUGGUGCGCGUCAUCAGGCAACAGAUUCCAGAGCGGGGUCAGAAGAAAAAGAAGAAAGCCAAGUGGCGAGCUGACCGACCUACCGGAUCUCACAAACUGCACUGCGUCAUCUUCUGAUGCCGUCACUACUUGAGUGUGCGCACGUGUGUGUGUGUGUGUGUGUGUGUGUGUGUGUGGUGUGAGAGAGAGAAAGAGAGAGUGUAGGAAGUGAGAGCACACUACACAUGGACACACUUCUGUAUGUGUGUGUGAGAGCGAUCGAGAAUUUUGAAACUCUUCAGUAGUUAAAGGCACCCAGGCGAUGUCAGACAUGUGUGUGCGCACGUGCAUGUGUGUGUGUGUAUAAUUAAGGCACCCAGGCGAUGUCAGGUGUGUGCGUGUGUGUGCGCUUGUGGCGUGCAUGCAUGUGUGUGUGUAUAAUUAAGACACCCAGGCGAUGACGGGCAUGGACUGUUACCCCACCGAGUGCCUACAUCCUUCAGGUCUCUCGUGGCCACUUUGAUCACACACUCCUGGUUCCGUUUGGACCGGCGAGGUCUGCGCCACUCGUCUAAUACAUCGGAGAGGAUGGGGGAGGGGCUAAGAUUAUUCCCGCCCCCCUUGCCACUAAUGCCGCCCCUAACCCUCUGGAACCGUCCAACCAAUGGACCUCAGUAAGGCAGGACCCAUCCACUCACACACACACACCCACACACACACACAUAUAUAUAUCUGAAGAGGCCUUUCUCUUGGUUUGGGUUGUGUUGAUGUUGUUUUUAUGUUGUCAUGUGCUGUAUGCGAGGGCAGGACCUCAUCAUCAUUGCGGGGCCCUCAUCAGUGUUCUAUGUUUUUCGGUGAUGGCCUCUGACCAGUGGGAAGCCUGCAGAGCUCAGCCUCCAGCCAAUGGGAAUCUUGCCCAGCUCAGUCUCCGGCCAAUAGGAAGUCGGCACAUCUCAGCACUCCUCCUGAGUUAAACCCAAGGCAAAAGGGUGAGGGGAGGAGAGAGGAAGAGAAGAGAGUGAGAGAGAGUGAGGAGAGAAAGAAAGAAAGAAAGAGGAUGUGGAUGUUUGCGUUAGGAUCAAGAGGCCUGCCAACACAGCAUAGGAAGAACGAGAGAGUUGAAAAGAGCAAGAAUGAGAGUGCGACUGAACUGAGACCAACGUGGAGGAUGGCAAAGCAGAGAAGCAGAGAGCAGGAUGAAGAGACAGACGGACGGACGGACAAACUGUGAGAAACAGACAGAACGUGUGAGAAAGACAGCCUGACAGACAGAGAAGGGUUGAAAAAUAUGAAGAGAGAGAGGGAGAGAAAGCUUGAGCUUGCGAGGUCUUGGAUUCCCAAAUGCAUUCCAGCUGGCUGCUGGGCUUUAGACAGUGUGUCAAAGUCUGGGCCAAUGCCAAAGUGCAGCCUCAAAGUUCGACUUUGUGUGUGUGUGUGUUUGUGUGUUUGGCAGAUUGCUGAAUAAGCAUUUGUUUUUGUUGUCACCUGUCUGAAACACUUGAUGUACUAUUUUCUGAACAUUCUGGGCUUGUAAACAAACAAACAAACAAACAAACAAAAACAGAAAAAUAAAUGAAAAGUAUGUCGCUUGCUAAAAACGGUAUUCUGCAAAUGUCUUGAAGUGCUUUACAUUACAUGGAUUAUAUUUGAAACAUGAGUUAGAGGGCUGUUCAUGAUAUAGUGGACUAUGUGUUAAACCAAAUGAGAUGAAUUUGACCACCUUGCCAUACCUGUUGAGUGGUCUGAUGGAAUAUGAAGGUUGCUGUCAUUUCUGAUUUGUUGUUGUUGUUGUACGUCUUUAUCGGAAAAGGUGUAUUUUGAUGUGUCACUGGCACUGGCAGCUUGGUGGUUUACUUUGUCCUGUUGAAUCAAGGUGUGUGUGUAUGAGUAAGUGUGUGAGAGAGAGGGAGAGGGAGAGUGUGUGUAUGAGAGAGAGAGGGAGAGAGUGUGUGUAUGAGUGUGCCCAUGGGAAAUGGUGCAAGGAUGUGUUGGUUUUUGUUUGUUUCUUAGCGGUCAACAUUUUUGCUACUGUCUUUUUUUCAUCAUUAUUUCUUUAAUAAGUAAUUUAUUGUUAUAAAUAUUACUACACCAACAUAUUUGAUUUUUGUCUAGCAGAGUGCCAGGCUCACUAUGAACUUGUGGAAAAAAGGGAUUUACUUGUUAUUCAAAAAUUCAGGUUUGUAAGUAAACUAAUAAACUUGGUUGUUCAAAGGAG